AUGUCCAACUCCUCGUCCCCAACAGACCAUCCAGCCUACAAAUUAUACCGCUACACGCCGAAUAUAGUAGCGGCGGCGAUUUUUCUAGUCCUCUUCGCAGCUACGACGUUGUAUCACAUAUACCAGAUGAUCCGGAAGCGAUCAUGGUACUUUACUCCUCUUGUCAUUGGCGGUAUAUUCGAGAUUAUCGGAUACGUUGUCCGAAUCAUGGCGCAUUCCAACAAGCAAUCCAUUCCCAUCUACAGUAUCACUACGAUUCUGAUCCUGCUCGCACCCGCGCUCUUCGCCGCGUCGAUAUACAUGAUUCUCGGACGAUUGGUUGUCGCACUCGACGCCGAAGAUAUGUCGCCCAUCCGCAAGAAGUGGAUGACCAAAAUUUUCGUCAUUGGAGAUGUCAUUGCAUUUUUGAGUCAAGCAGCCGGUGGAGGAAUUAUGGCUAGCGGAACCGCCACCGCUUUGGCGACUGGAGAGCAUAUUACGAUAGCGGGUCUCGCCAUCCAGCUUGGUUUCUUCAGCGUCUUCAUACUCACCGCGACGAUUUUCCAUCGUCGAUUCCAAAGAACCACAAAUACCGCGCCGAUGAAAAUAUCCGUUAAAUCCAUGAUGAAGAACAAGAACUGGGAGGCUCUGCUGUACGUAUUGUAUAUUACGAGCGCAUUGAUCCUGAUCCGUUCGGUGUUUCGCUUGAUCGAGUAUGCCGGGGGAAAUGACGGGUAUCUGUUGUCGCAUGAGGUUUUUGCUUACAUCUUCGAUGCAACGUUGAUGUUUUUCGUAAUGGUCAUACUCAAUAUUUUCCACCCAUCCGAUGUCAUGGGAGAUAAGGCGGCCUUGCAUGGAAGCACGGCCAUGUCUUUGCGUAACUGGAAUUCGGAGCCUGAAGUCUGA